GAGAAAGUUUAGACGCCACUUCCCCUUGAAACUGUCAAUGCGCCAGAGCUCGUUUUUAACAGUUAUUUAAAAUGUCUAAGUGGAUCCGUUUCGUCAGUGCAUUAGUGUUUUACGCAGUUCGUAUAAACGCGGAAAUUCAAGUAAGUCAGCCGCCUUCUGUGUCCGCCUCCCCGGGACAGAACGCGCAAUUGACCUGUACCCUGUCUGGUUCCGGUUCAGGCAUCACCGACGUGUCCUGGUUCCAACAGAUUCUUGGGAAAGCUCCCAGACUUCUACUAUACUAUUAUUCCAACACCGUUUACAAAGGUCCGGGAAUUACAGACCGUUUCUCCCUCUCAGUAUCAGGCAUGACCUCGACAUUCUCAAUACCUAAUGUUCAAUUGGAGGACGCUGCGGACUAUUACUGUACUGUGUGGGUAAGCAGUGCACUGUUCUUCGGCCAAGGAACGAGGCUGGGUAUUGGAAACCCCAGGGCACCUGUCGUGACCGUUCUGCCGCCUUCAGCGGAUGAAGUUGCGGCAAAAGGCACCGCCACACUGGUGUGUUUAGUGAACGGGUUUAUGCCGGGCGCUGUGGACAUUGAGUGGACUGUUGACGGUGGUGUGAGAAGGGAUGGCGUUGUGACCAGCCCGAUUCAGCAGGAAAAGGACAAUACGUUCAGUGCGAGCAGUUACCUGACUGUCCCAGCCCUAGACUGGAAAACACACGAACUUUACUCCUGUGUGGUUAAACACGAGAGUCAGGAAAACCCAUUUAAGGCAAACAUCGAGAGAUCCAGCUGUAUCUGAUGUCGGAAAUUUAUGAGCUGAUUUGGCAAAGUUUGUUGAUCACUAUUCAGUUCUUCCAUGUGGAAACAAUACUGUACUUCGGAGUUUUCAUAAAAAAUGCAAUUUGAAGUGGACAGUUUGAAUAUUAUGAUCUUUUCACUUUAAAUGCAGUUCUGUUGAAAGAUUGUAGAUGUUGAUUGACGCAUAAAGAUGAAUUAAUCUUGCUUUUGUGCAUUCAAUAACGUUAACCAGUGACACGGAUAUUGCUGUUAGAACCCAGGUAUUCUUAACAGCCGUUGAAUAAAAUGAACGGACGGGUCACAA